GAAUGCUGUAGCUACAUGCGCCCCUUUAUGAAACCCUUAUUUUUUAAUCUGAGUGCAAAGUGUAAUAGCAAUUUCGCGCACAUCUCUCUCUCUCUCUCAGUGACGAAGAAGACGGAGGAGAUCAAUCGGCUGUUCUUGAAGCUUGAAUACGCACACAUCUCUCUCUCUCUCUCUCAAUCCUUAUACGCACACAUUUCUUCAUCGAAGCUCCAGCUGCACCUGCGAUUUCGAAGAUUCAGAGCGAUUUCGAAGCGAUUUCGAAGAUUCAGAUCGAUUUCGAGAUUCAGAGCGAUUUCGAAGCUCCAUCGCCACCGUCAUCUGCACCGGCGAGUGGGUACAAAGUUUCCAGUAAGCCAAGUGGAAGAAUGGCAAGUCAGGGCAUACCGAGAAAUUGAGAGGCAAGAUAUGAACAAGCUUCUACAUGAGUACAGGAUGUUCUGUGACCGAGCAGGGGUACGCACAGAUGUACUACAUAUUGAAAGGGACUCUGUUGAGAAGGGGAUUGUGGAACUCGUAUCUCAGCAUCAGAUCAGGAGGCUUGUUAUGGGAGCAGCGGCACACAAGCAUUAUUCAAAGUACAAACCACAUAGAGACAUUUAAUUUAUUUUUUCAUCUUCAUCUUCUUUACAAAUGGUUUUGUUGCCCAUUUCU